AUGCCCAAGGGCACUAGCAUGGCGUUUUAUGGCAUGAUGGAUGAUGUAGCAGGCAUGAAGUUUAGAGCAGAAAUAGUGGUUCUUGAGAGGGUGGUGUACAAGUCGAGGAACGGACACAAGUCAUCAAGGAUGUUCAAAAAGCUUGUGCAUGUGCUGAGGCUUUGUAGGAUGUUCCUGGCAGCCAGAACGAAAAGCAAGGUGCAUUUGGUACGCAAAGCGUGUGAAGACUUGUACAUAAUGGCGACUUCAAACAUUCCGGAUGGAUACUUUAUUGGAUAUACAUUGGUAGUGCUUGGAAUAAGCUCAAGGAUACACUAUCUGAUAGCAAAGACUAGGUACAAGGACGACCAGACAGAUGACAUAGAUGACAUGUUUGCGGAGAUCAGUAAUGUGCAUACGGAUCAUUAG